AUGUCAAACUUAGAUGAUGAUGAAGCCCUUUUUGAGGACUUGUACGAUGACGAUAACACCAGUACCAAAAAGGAUACUCAUGACGAAGUUAUACCUCAGGAGAAAGCUGGUGAGAAACAGGGCACUGAUACAGGACCUGAUGCUGCUUCCGGGGACAUGAAAUCUUCAGAAACACAACCCCUGACAACAGAGACUGAAAACAAGACUGAAGAUCAUACUCAAUCAAAUGCGACGACGCAAUCAACAGAAGCAAUAGCACCACCACCGCCACCACCAUCGUCUAUUCCUUCAACUCUAAAUGAAGCAGAACAAAUUGCAGCAAACACUCAGCCUGGUGAACAAAAUCAACAAGCGCAACAAGCGGAACAGGGACAGCCAGCCAUACCAGCAUUUCCAUUCGAUCCUGCUCAAUUUGCUCAAUUUGCUAACAUGGCACAAAUGCAGGGCCAGAUGCCUGGCCAAAUGCCUGGUCAAGUGCCUGGUCAAGUACCUGGUCAAAUGCCUUCAGGAGUACCACCUCCUCCUAAUUCAGGAGCCGCCCCUCUUCCUAGACCUACCGAAAUUGGAAAAGAGAGUGGUAAGAUGUUCAUUGGUGGACUCAACUGGGAUACUACAGAGGAAGGGUUGGUGAACUAUUUUUCAAAGUUUGGAGAGAUUACCGAUUACACUAUUAUGAAAGAUAAUGCUACUGGAAGAUCAAGAGGGUUUGGAUUUUUGACAUUUAAGGACCCAAGUGCCGUCGAUGUAGUGAUUAAGCAGGAUCAUAUUCUUGAUGGUAAAUUGAUAGACCCCAAACGUGCCAUUUCAAGGGAAGAUCAGGAUAGAGUCGGAAAGAUUUUUAUUGGUGGUAUCGACCCAAUGGUCUCGGAGGGCGAAUUCAACGAGUUUUUUUCAAAAUUUGGCACCAUUAUUGAUUGUCAGUUGAUGAUUGACAAAGACACUGGAAGAUCAAGAGGAUUCGGUUUUAUCACAUUUGAUUCACCAGAUGCCGUUGACAGAGUAUGUGUCAAUAAAUACUUGACUUUGAAGGGGAAAGCAAUGGAAGUGAAACGUGCUGCACCCAGAGGUCAACACAAUCAGCAAGUAAUGAUGCAACAACAGCAGCAGGCUCAACAACAAGCUCAACAACAAGGUCAAUUUUACAAUCCAUAUGGACAGGGUCAAUACGGGCAGAUGUAUCCGCAAAUGAAUCCCGCCAUGAAUCCAGCUAUGAACCAGUGGUAUCAGUGGUACAUGUUCCAGCAAGCUCAAGCGCAACAACAACAACAACAGGGUGGCUCUUCAGAUUCUCAACCUGCUCAACCUCUCAAUCCACAACAACAGGCGGAUGACCCUGACGGAGAAGAGUCGGGUGCUGGUGCUGGUAAUAAUUCCGCUUCAGGUUCUCCACCACUUGGAGAUGAUGGUGUAAAUGCAGGCAGGCCAAAUAUUCCUCGUGGUCCAAAGAGACCCAAUGGUCCAUCCAAUUUCAGAGGUAGAGGUGGAUACAGAAGAGGUAGGGGUGGGUUCCACCCAUACCAGCGAGGAGGAAGAAGAUAUUAA